AUGAGUGGAUGCGUGGGGGGCUCUCAGCAGGCCUAUGUCGACUGUCUGCAUGACUGCACGUGUCUGCAAACCACGAGCUACAUGGAGCACUGCCGCGCCACCUUUGUUAUGAAUGUCACUGCCCACGACAUGUGUUUGUGUUUGACAACACGCUGCGUCGUGCGCUGCGUGGAGGAGGCCAUGUGCAGAAUGGGCGAGAAUUUUUCAGGGGAAUGUGCAGCGCUGGAAAAUCAAAUGCUCUGCAACUUAAACUGCCCGGGUAGCUCGACGAGCUCGAGAAACGAGACACAAGGAUGGUCCUGGGGUCCAUCAGAAUGGCCCUGCGUAUCGGACUUGCAAGCAGCACCCUCGCAGCCCACAGUUUUGGUGGAACCUGCCACCGACACCCCUUGGAUCCUGGCCACCGUGAUUGGCUCCGCUGUGGUCGCGCUCGUCCUCUUAACAAUUGGCUUCUGCACGUGCCGUCAGAUGUCCCGGGGCAGAGAGGCCAUGGAAGCCGAGAUGCAUGGGAGAGCCUAA